AUGAUUUCAUUGAUAUGGUCAUUUAAAAAACUGAGCAUUGUUGAAGAAAACAGGGCACAAGUAAAAGUCACUUCAUUUCAAAUUUUAAAGAUGAAACUGUGUUUGAUAAGUCUUCUGGUUCUGGCCCACCUGAACUCUGCAUUAACCACUCACCACUAUGAUUCCCAACUUGCCUACGGUUUUACAACUACGGACAGCAGAGAGGAAGGGUUUCAAGAGGCCACAGAUUCAGUAGAAACUACUUUAGCUGGCGCAGCCACCAAUAAGUCCACAACUGAAAAUUUUGCUACUACUGCUAAUACCAAUAAAGCCCUGAUGGAAAGUAGGACGCACAAUAUCUCAAUUCAAGUCCCCACUUCUACUGAAAGCAAAAUUUGGGUGAAAGAGAUGACUACAAUGUCUGCGAUGGCCAAGGAGGAAGUCUAUACUACAUCACCUCCUCCGACAGAGGUGGCAACAACUGCGCAAGGGGUUGAGCUCACAACAGAAUCUCCUGCUACUACGGAAGUUGAACUAACCGGUGCAAUGACUACGCCGACUGUGGAGGAAGUCUCUGCAACAUCGCCUCCUCCGACAGAGGUGGCAACAACUGCGCAAGGGGUUGAGCUCACAACAGAAUCUCCUGCUACUACGGAAGUUGAGCUAACCGGUUCAUUGACAACCAAUACGACUGCGGAUUUGGUUAAAUUUACCACGCAAACCCCUAUUCCUACUAACGUGACUACAGUUGUAGGAACUAGCACAACUGUUGGCAUCAGUGAACCUUCCGAUUCGAAAAUACACACUCCACAAGUCACUGAGGCUCUUACGGAGGCCACUGCAACUGAGAUGACUCCUCCCACUGAUAUGGUGACAAGUAAGUCUCCCAUUUUUCACUUUAUGACAAAUAUCAACAUAGUUUCUGCCUUUGUUGAGCCUCAGAUGUUCUCUUCGAGAAGAAAGAUUAGGUGGAUUGCUGCUGCUGCUGUCUUUGUGUUUUUUGCACAAGAGCUGAAAAGAAUGGCAGCAGAUGUGUUUACCGCGCCUACAUCGAAAGCCGCGGUAGUCGAUUCCGGUCUUUGGUUGUUUUUGCUUUCCCAAAAUAAGUCUUUCUCGGAGAUUUUUGGGAAAAAUCACCUGCCAAUGGAAUUACAAAAUUUUUAUACAAAGAUGUAUAUCGCAAGAGAUCACCACUUUAAAUUUCACUAUUCAAGGCAUGAUGUAACACCGCCCAGUUUAUUUUGUUUCAGAAAACAUAGGAUUUCAAGUAGUCUCCUUUCUGGUGAAUUGUCAUGUCUUUUAAUAGAAUUUUGA